CUAGGCAAAUCGACAAUGUUUAUGACUCGAUAAAAUAUUUCCUAUGGCGUGAAAGACAGUGUGGAAUGUGAUGACGUCAUGGGUGACGCUGACAGUUGAGAACGAAAACGUUUGCAACGCGCAGUGGGGAAUGUGUGCUACCAUAUGAAGGGAUUUCGAUGUGCGCAAAGAAAAGAAGAACAUUAAGGAGCACACACAGAACUAGGAAAAAUGGAGAAGAAAACUACUACUGCAUGUGAUGUAAAACUACGGGGGCCUAAAGAGACAAAUCAGCAAAGUGUGCCGCCUGCUUUGGGUGCAACAGCGACAGGGGUAAGACCCAGGUGGACCAUCCCUGAGAUCUACCGCAGCCUUCCCCUGUACCCGUGUUCCCUCAACAGACGGCCUGUUGUGGCCUACUCCUACAGACCAAGCCAUGUCGUUCAGCAUGAUCGUAACACACCAAAAGAAGAAACAGUUAGAGCACAGUCAAACAUUCGACCCAAAAUAGCUCCAAGGCCUGCACAAAUGUUGAAUAAAUGUGUCGCAGUGUCCACAAAGAGCUGUGAUAGGAAUGCCAAUACACGUAUUCAGGAAUCAUCAAGCACCUUCACAAAUGCCCAAAAUUGGGUUUCUCGCAGCAAAACUUUGUCUGGCAUUAGUCAGCCUGAACAUCCUACUCAUGUGCAAAUGCAACAGCUACCACAAAACGUGUUUUAUAUGUCACCUGUACCUGUACCUAAUUUGCAGGCACCCCUAGGUCUCAUGACUGUCUCUGGAACGGUACCCGGUAAACAGACAUCAACUGUAAAUGUCCAAAGUAAUGUAGGAGACCCCAGCGUUGCAUGCAAAGAUUCAGGCGACAAAACUACUGUAACUUAUAACCUGGCGGGUCCGUUUCAAAUGCCUAAGUUCAGCAAAAGUGAUAAACAGCUAUUAGGUGAACAGACAAAUUCCCCAAGACUUGUAUUUGGAAACCAGUCCUUUCCUGUGCUUUCAGUAAUCAGUACGCCCCAGAAGGUGAACAACCCAGGUAGUUCUGUAACAUCCGUUAAUACGCCCCAUAAAGUGAAUAACGCCAUACCUUCAACAUCAGCUAUCAACCCAACUCAGAAUGUGUACAACCCACUGGCUUCACUAGCACCAAUCGAUCCACGUCAGAAAAGGUAUAACUCAGUACCGUCUGCAGCAUUGAAUCCGCCUGGGAAAGUCUUCUACACGGUGGACCCAGUGGCAUUACCCAGUGUCCUCAAUGCUACAGCAGAGACUAAAGGACAGAGCUGUAGUCAGGCUUCAGUGCCACCAACUGAGGCUUCAGUGGCACAGAGUAACCAAGGGUCCAAAAAGGAAGACAACAGUACCACCGGUGAUGGCAGAGAAUCUGUUGCCGAGACAGUAAAUUCAACUGAGAUUUACUUGAGUUCGCCAGAUUCCUUACUGCCAGAAGAUAUUGAGAACUGGGACAAGCUUGACAUUUGGAAACAAAAUGGGCAUAGCCCAGAAAUAGAAAUAGAUGUGGCAGAGGAUCCAAUUGGAACAGUGAGUUCCUCUUCAGCCGGAUUAUCCAGGGGCAGUUCCAGCCAUACAGGUAAUGUCCUUCAGCAUCCUGAACCAUUCAAAGCGACGAAGAGUGUUACGCCGAGGAAGCUGUCAGUCCACAGUAUCUCAACAAGAAGCUCAUCAUGCGUUGGCGUUUCAAAGACAACUUCUGAUGUUGUGAAGUCCAAAUGUGGUAGUAGAGUGAUUAAAGGACGAUCAAGUGAUAUCCCAAAUGAGACCCAAACUAGGUCGGGUGCAUUAAAAGGUCCGGCGCGAAGAUCAAAAAGGCUCUGUUCUUCGAUUUUAAGCAAAGAUGAUCCAAAGCAGUGUGUAGCGAAGCCUCGAGCAGCGAAACGCAACAGUAAGCUCAGGAAAACACUAAAACAGAAGUCUUCUUUGUCAUCUUCUUUGCAAACGGUUGCAUCAACAGAAGAUAUGGAAAUCUUGAAGCCAACUGGGGCAACAAGCUCGUUCACUUUCCAAGAUAAGCUGCAAAUAGGCUCUUCUCCUGACACAAGUGUUGAUCAUGAUUUACCUGGGGAACAACGAAAGAAUAGCAGCGAUUCGUCUGGUGCAUGCUUAACAGAAGCAGUUUUGAAAGACCUUAUUGUUGAUGAAAAGUUAAAAGAUCGGGUACACCAGGCCGUCAUUUACGCUGAAAGUGGUCGUGGAAAGUGGAAAGAUAAAAGACCUCCCCAGUGUUCAGGUGAGAAGGCCGAUGAUAGUGACAAGUUUCCAGUUAAUGAAGAAGUUUCUGUUAACGAUAAUAAAAAGCAGGCAGUGGAUGAAGACAUGACGAGUUCUGUUGAUCGUAACCAGCAAGAAAAUAUCCCACAGCUGACAGCUACGCCAGCCUUACUGGAGGCAGUGAACAAUACUGUUGAGACAAUCGAACACUCGACAGUCUAUAUCGAGAAUGUGAGCAAACUUCUUGAAAACUUGUCUCAGGAAAAAAAUACAAGCGGUGAGGAUUAUUUUGUGUCUGGAUUGUUAGCCAUUCUUGACACAGGACGUCGUUUGAAUGACAACAUGAUUAGCUCCUUGAAACUUUUCGUCUCAAGGCACAGGAAUUUGAUUGAAGAUGUACUUCCAUGUGUCGAUUCUUGUAAAGACGUUAAUCUCCCUUGUCUCUCUCAAGAGUGUCCGCUGGAUUUGAGAGUCAUGUCUGGUGCGAGUAACCCUUCUUGUCAAAAAGGUGAUGAUCACUUCGAAACGUCUAGCCCAAUAAUGGAGAAGGGAAUGGAAGCAAACCAACUAAGUGUACACGGAAAUGGGGAUUCUGCUUCUUCAAAGCCGGUGAAAGGGUGUGUUGUCAAACUUUGCAAACUAUCCUCUGCAGAAAUCUUACGGAAAAGGCCAUGCCUGGAAAGUCAAAGCUGGUCCCCACUGACGACGCAAGGUGAUGUCAGAUCUGGAUCUGGUAGAAGUAAAGAAAUCAAACCUAGAGCACUGAGCAGUGUUAUUAGCUCUUCGUGUGCAGCUCUUAUUCCAGCGCAGAGUAAGGCAGCUUCUUCUAAAUCAGGCGUUGAUGUCAACGCUUCUGAAAAUGUUGACACCAUUCACCGCAACGUAGCUUGCAUGCCUAUGUCAGAAAAGCCAGAACUUCGAAGUAAAACGGAAUUAUCUAGAUUAGUUACUGAAGCUGCACCAUCUGAAAACACUGUCUCAAGUGAAACAUUUGCCGUGUCAGUGUCAUCUGGAAUCAUCACUUUAGAUGAGAGAAAACCUGGUACACGCUCAUCUGCUUGUAAGGAGCGUGCAACACGUAUCCGGACUAGCUGUCGAUCAAAGACGAAGAGAAAGAAGAAUUUGUGCAAAACCGAGGAAAGUGUUGACCAAACUGUGCAAAAUGGUGACAAGAGGUCUUUUUCAAUUCCCAAGUUAAAUAUUUCCGAGGAAGAAAUGUCUGUUAUCAAACUACCACGGCAAACCAACUGCAGUGAUAUGGAAAUUGUUAGUGAAAGUUCCUCAACUCUUCCUGAUAUCAUUGGUAGCGAAGGAUCCAAAAAUGGCGAUGGCCUUGGUGACAGCGGAAAUUACCGGGAUAUACCAUCACAAGAUAAAAGCAAGAUCAAAUUUUCCAAAGAUUUUCAGCCAACGAGAAACUCUGCUAAAAGAUCGUCCACCGUAGAUCUUGCCCCGAGAAGAAAGGCAAACACAUCUUUAGAGCGCUGUGACGAAGACGCACUUGUCGUGCUGAAUGAAGGGCUGCAAAACGAAACGCUGAGAACCACAUGUCGCAGAUCUAGAUCAAAAUUGAUAGACAAGGUUUCACUCAAUUCCCAGAUGCAGGGGAUCACCGGGAAAACGUCUGAAGGUCAUCCUGAUGCAAUGUUAUGUUCUGAUGAACUAUCCUUAGCUAGAGAGAACACGGCCCCUGUGGAAUCGUUGCUCAACUCCUUGGGUGAGUUUGGUGAAUGCACGAAGCACAGCCCACAUGGUAAAAUGAUUGAAGGCGCCACCGAACCUUUACGCUUCGAUGUUGAUCAGAUUUUUGGGGAGAAAUAUUCAAACCUGUCACCUGACUCUAGCUUGUCUGAUGGUUCUUUGGAAACACAGGAGCAAAAGGCUGGUCCGAAAGGUAUACUUCUACUUUUUAAGAUUUAGAAUCAUUGCGUGUUUUGUUUUCCUAGU